AUGGCAAAUCGAAAUGAUGUCGAAAAAAAUCACAAAAGAAGAGUUAAUGUGAUCUCAAUGAACAUAAGAAAACUAGUAUACAAGAGACAAGAAGCAUCAAGAAUAUUUCAAAGGAAUGAUGAGGUUGAAGCUGUGAGUGAAGAAAAAGGGUAUUUGGGUUCUUACUACAGGGCAACUAUUCUUUACCCUGUUGGCAAUUGUAGUGAUUACAGAGUCAAGUACAAGACUCUUGUGAAUGAUGAUCAAAUCACGCCACUGGAGUGGUAUGUACGUGCCUCUGAGCUCCGUCCAGUUCCACCUGAAAUUUCACGUGAAACAAAGCCAAUGGAAACCUACGACAUCGUUGAUGCGUAUGACAAGGAAGGCUGGUGGAUAGGGGUCAUAACUGGCAAAGUUGAACAAGAGUAUCGUGUCUAUUUUCCUACUUCAAAGGAGGAGAUUGUGUUUUCUGCUGAUAAGCUAAGGUUUCAUCAAGAAUGGUCUGAUGGCGAGUGGAAAUUUCCUUCAUUUGGUUAA